CUUGAGUCGUUCCACUCCCCUGUAAUAAUCGCAAUCAUUCCAGUGGUGAUAAUACGUUCCUGUACUAAAGAGGAGGGGCUCCGCCCUUUUCCAGCUUUGAGGAAGCUGAAACCCCCUUGUCAUGGCUGCGACUAGCUCUCUUGACAUUGCGCCUAAUCAGCAAAGCACGACCCUCGCUGAGCUCCGUCUCGUGACUGAUUCCGCAGGCCGCGUUAGAGCGCGGCAUGCCAUCAGCUAUACGUUGGAUGCAAGGCAGGGACUAGUGGAAGCAGCGACACCACUGGCCCUUGCCAGCCAUGGCUUUGGCUGUCCACUACCGGUAACGGUAAUGGUCCUUGCCAAGCUGGUACAGGACGACUGGGGGAUAGCAAGUCUACAGGUGGUUCGGCACCUGCCAGUGCAAUUAGCAAGUGCAAUUGACAAGUGCGACAAGGAAAGUCCUCGGGUUCGCUCUACUACCUGCACGGCUCACAACUGGACUGUGCACCUGUACAAGCAUGUACGACGGUCGGUUAGUUGCCGCCUUGCCGCGUCCAUACGUGGCACCAAUAGCUGUGGGCUCUGCAGAUUCACUCCAACGGCUCAAUCCUUCCUUAGCAUGGAGACCACCGUGUGAUUAGCUGAUCAGAGUUAACGGAAUGGAAAGCCCUGAGGAGGAACCAGAGCCCCAACUCAAGUAUGAGUUGCUGGGCGGAGAUGUGCGUGAUAUCCUAAACAAAGAGCGCAUAACAUGUAUGAGCUUGUCGGAAAAGAUUGUGGCGCUUGGGACGGAGCAGGGUCGCAUUCAUGUGCUCGACUACUCGGGCAACCAAGUUCGUCUCUUGAACGUGCACAAGGGACGCGUAAACGAUAUUUCUUUUGACAAGGAGGCCGAACAUCUAGCAAGCGCGUCUAACGAUGGCAGCGUCGUGGUCGCCAACCUGUACACUGACCAGGUCACGCGACACGAGCUACGAGGUCCUGUGAAGGCUGUUGCCAUCGACCCCCGCCCCGCGCCCUCCUCCCGCCGCUCCUGGCGCGACUUCGUGACGGGCAGCGCUGCGGGGGAGGUGGCGCUGCACACGCAGGGCUGGCUGGGUCGCAGCGAGCAGGCUCUGGCGGUGGCUCCCUCCCGCGAGGUGGCGGCGGGCGGCGGAGUGCUGGCGCUCAGGUGGAGCGGACCGCUGGUGGCGUGGGCCUUCGAGAGCUGCGUGGCGGUGUACGACACCACCAGCCACCAGCUCAUCCGCACCCUGCGUCGCCGGGACCCCCGAGCAGAGGCCGCCGCAGCUGCUGCUGGCACCUCCACCCCCUCCAGCUCCGCCCCCUCAGCAGCCAGCUCACCAGCUAAACCCACCACACACUCGCCAGCCAAGGCGGCUGGCGCAGCAGCAGCAGCAGCAGCAGCAGCAGCGGGUGUGCGGGGACCUGCGGCGGGAGGAGCGGGCAAAGCGGCACGCAGCAGCGGCGACACCCCCCCAGGCGGCCCUAGUAGCGGGGGCGGUGUGGGCAGUCUGAAGCGCUGCUCGCUGCUGUUCGCACCCGACUCGCACCUGUACGUGGCGUGGAGCGAUACCAUACUGGUUGCCCGCAUCCACAUCCCCGAGUCCCCCGGCGGCUGGCAGACCCCCCCUCAGGUGGAGCUGCUGGCGCGCAUGAGCAGCGGCUGCGGGGAGGCAGUGCUGGGCGUGUCCCCCUACGGCGAGGACGACCUGGCCGUGCUGGUCUACCCCAGCGGGGCGCCACAACCGGCAGCCCUACCGCACCAACAGCAGCACCAACAGCAGCAGCAGCCCCAGCCAGCGCAACCGCAGGGACAGCAGCGACAGGAAGAGCGGCAGCAGGAAGGGGAACAGCAGCAGCCGCAAAAGGAUGGGGUGGCCCCCGCGGCUGAGGGCACUACACGGGCAGCAGAUGGGGCAGGCGCCCCGACCCAGGAACCCCCAUCAUCAUUAUCAACGUCACCAGCAGCAGCAGCAGCAGCAGCGGAGCCUGCAGCGGAGACAGGGAGGGAGGCGGCAGGAGCGGCGACAACAACAGCAGCAUCAAAGCCGGGAGCGGAGGCGGCCCAUGAGGGGGCUGUAGGUAGUGCAGCUGAGGGUGACAGAGGCAGCGGCAGCGGUGGCAGUGGAGGCGACACGGCGGCAGCAGCGGUACAACCCCCGUCUCCUCCGGCGCCUCCCCCGGACCCCCUGGCGCCCGGGCGAACCCCGCAGCUGGUCAUUCUCAGCCGCUCCGACCACCGCGAGUGGGCCCGCGACUCCGUGCCGCUGCCCGCCGCCCCCUCCCUCGGCCCCGCCGACUUCCUGGGCCUCAUCCCCUCCCUGCCGCACCACCUGCACCCGCAACACACAGCCACACACAGCACCACCACCACCACCACCACCACGCCAGCAGUAUCAACGUCAGCUGCUGGUGGUACUGCUGCAGCCGCUAGGGCGACUCGGACCGGUCCUGCAACCGCCGCUGCUGGUGGUGCUGGUGGAGGCGGGAGCAGCAGCAGCGCCGCGUCAAGCCGCGAUGCCACCCCCAGGGCUAGCGCCGGGGGCGGCGCCGGCAGCUUCGGAGCGCUGGUUGGCUCCUCCUUCUCCGGUACCGCCACCACCGCCUCCACCACCUCCGCUGCUGCAACCGCUGCUGCAACCAGCGGCCAGGGCAGCACCCCCGCCCCCGCCCCCACCACCUCUUCCGCCCCCCGCCGCCUGGUGCCGGUGUGGGUGGACGGGCAGGAGCUGAUGUUCUUCAUAGCGGCGCCCUCGGCCAUCGCCACCGCCCGCUCGCGUGACGCGGCGGAGCGGGUGGGGUGGCUGCUGGCGCGGCGGCGGUGGGAGGAGGCGCUGGCGGCGGUGGAGGCGGCGCCGCCGGGGGGGCUGCCGCCGGGCACGUACGACAGGGUGGUUGACGGUUACAUUGAGGAGCUGCUGACGCGGCAGUCGUACGACCGGGCGGUGGAUCUGAGUGAGCGGCUGCUGCGGGGCGACCCGCGGCGCUGGGAGCGCUUCGUGUACUUGUUCGCGCAGGUACGGCAGCUGCCCAAGCUGGUGGAGCGCCUGCCCACCGACAAACCCAGACUCAGGCCCCAGCUGUACGACAUGGCCCUCCAGUCUCUCCUCGCCUCCCCCGCCGACCACCCCCGCCUGCUGACCCUGGCCACCCGGGUCUGGCCGCCCGGCUGCUUCUCGCUGGCGGCCCUGGCGGAUGCGGUGGCGGGCAGGCUGAGGCGCAUGACGCUGCAGC